GAGCAAUCCUUGCUGUCUCUGUCAAUCAAUUUGUCAAUUCAACGCUGUUCAAUAGUCAAUUUAUGAAUUUUUUUAUGUAGGUGCUGCAUUAAAUAACAGUUUGGAAAACAAUAAUUCUUGUUACAAAAAUAAUGGACAGUGAGUACAAACUGUCUCAUAAAGCCAAAAAGCGCAUAAAGGAAGUUAAACGGAAAGCCAGACCCGAGUUAGCAGACAAAUAUCAAUGGACAGCCUUGAAAUACUUCUCAAACUUUGAUGAAUUCCUUAAAUGUAAUGACAAUGUAGAAAGAAUAAGCGAAAAUGAAGUGACACCACAAGAAUUUAUAGAGAAAUAUGAGAAAAUAUACAAACCUGUAGUUAUAACUAAUGUACAGACCAACUGGAAGGCCAAUCACAAAUGGACACUAGAUAGACUUGCCAAAAAGUACAGGAACCAGAAGUUCAAGUGUGGGGAAGACAAUGAGGGGUACAGUGUUAAAAUGAAGAUCAAGUAUUAUGUAGAAUACAUGAGGACAACGACUGAUGACAGUCCACUUUAUAUUUUUGAUAGCAGUUUUGGUGAACAUGUGAGGAGGAAGAAGCUUUUGGAAGAUUAUGAAGCCCCAUUAUAUUUCAGAGAUGAUUUGUUUAAAUAUUGUGGAGAGGAGAGGAGGCCUCCUUACCGUUGGUUUGUGAUGGGACCUCAGCGUUCUGGGACCGGCAUUCACAUAGACCCUCUAGGGACAAGUGCUUGGAAUGCCUUGGUGUUUGGUCAUAAAAGAUGGUGCUUAUUCCCAACCCAGACCCCAAGAGAACUGAUUAAGGUGACGGGAGCGAUGGGUGGGAAACAAAGGGAUGAAGCUGUUACAUGGUUUAAACUAAUUUAUCCAAAGACUCAAUUAGACACAUGGCCCAAAGAAUAUAAACCUGUGGAGAUCCUCCAGAAGCCUGGCGAGACGGUGUUCGUGCCGGGCGGCUGGUGGCACGUCGUCCUCAACCUGGACGACACGGUGGCUGUCACGCAGAACUUCUGCAGCCGCACCAACUUUCCCGUCGUCUGGCACAAAACCGUACGCGGCCGGCCCAAACUCUCCAAAAAGUGGAUCAAAGUAUUGGAGACCAAAGAACCUGAUCUUUACAAGAUUGCAAGUAGUAUAGACCUUAGUCAAGGCACAGGUGUAGCUUCCGACAGCUCAUCUAAUAGUAGUUCUUCUAGUAGCGAUAGUGACAGCAGCUCUUCUGACAGCUCCGAAGAAGACAGCGGCCAGGAAAGCAUCACUGCUCACAAGAAAAAGCGACGAAGAAAAAUGUAAAGGACCAAAGCGCCUUAUAUCUUACAUAGGUAAUCAUGAGUACCAAGAUUCAUAAAGAGGUAAUAUCAAAUAGUAAAUAUCAUAAGUGUAAGCCUGUUUUGUAUUACUAGACGUAAUUAACAAAUGACUAAUGAAUUUUUUACUUAUUGUUUUCAUAGUAAACAGUAUAUUUCCUUUGUUAACUGACAACACAAUUCUUUAUGAAUAAAGUAUUAUCGUAUAA